AUGACCCCCUCCUCCCCCCUUUCUUCAAUGAAAACUGAGAUUGCGGUUGGAAAAGACCAUGAAAGGACAGAGCUGGAGGAGGACACUUUUAAUGACUAUUUGUUUGGGAAAGUGUUUGUAGCUUGUAGGGAAAAUUUUGAUUUUAAUAAAUAAAAGUUAAGGACUUUCUCCCAGAGGAAAGACAUCGCUUUAACACCGUCCAACUGGCCCCGCUCGCGCCCGUGCGCUCACUGAGAUUGAGCGCGAGCUAACAGAAGUUAGCUGGACGGCUAUCAGCGGCGGGUGAGGGGGACAAUACGGGGAAGAGAGUGGGGUCGACAGAGAGCGCCGUCAUCAAACCUAGUAGUAUGUCGCCCUCGGGAAGAAGUAACUCAAGUUUUGGAUGAGGUUCCGUGGCUCAGUUCGAUCGCAAAGACUUUUUGACGCGACGGUGGGCUGUGAUGUUUGUGCCAGCGCGGGGCUCCGGUGGAGGCGCGGCGUCGGCGGUGUCCCGGGGUUGGCCGCAUACGGUACUGUGGAGACUGGGGGGUUUCUUUCUCCUCCUGCUCCUCGAAGGGGCCCGAUGCCUCACCAACCCGAGCAAUGCGCCGGGCAUAAACAACAACAAUAGGCCGAAUGUAAACGUCUUCAUGAGCGAGGAAGAGGUCAAGAAACUCCUGGGUCUUGAUGCUGAGUUGUAUUACGUGAGGGAUGAUGUGGUAAAUCACUAUGCUCUUUCCUUCAUCCUGCCUGUGCCCAGUGACACCAACAGCCUACAUUUCACAUGGCACUCCAGCAGCAAGGUGGAUUAUAGGUUGGGGUUUCAAGUGGAAAACACUUCAGCCAUGGAUCAACCCCAGAGCAACAUCUCUGCCCUGGGGGAGGUCCCACGCACUCGUUCCGUGUUCAGAGUGGACCUCUUCUGCUCUGGAAAGGCUGAUGGAGAGGCUGUGCUAACGGUGCAGCUCAACCUGACUACACCAGCCAACAACUUCACAGUGCUUAACUUCAAACGCAGGAAAAUGUGUUACCGAAGAAUUGAGCAGCCGGAGCCCCCUAAAACGCUGCCAUUCCCAAACACAACCAUUCAGAGAAUAGAUCCAAGCAGUCCAAAUGCUCCCACCACAUCCACGCGAGUUUUUUACAUCAGCGUGUGUGUGUGCUGCAUCGUCAUCUUCCUAGUAGCCAUCAUCCUCGCUGUGUUACACCUCCACAGCAUGAAGAGAGUGGAAAUGGAUGACAGCGUUAGUGACAGUGGGAGCUCUCAGGGUCUCUCUCAGCCCUCCACCCAGACCACCCAGUACCUGAGGGCAGACACCCCCAACAACGCUACACCUGUCACCAAUGCUCAAACUGGCUCUGCACCCAUGCUCCAGCUUGCAGGCGCCUCCUUCCCUCACCCUGGUGCCCCCUCACACGAAACCAAAAGUUAUCCCUCGCUGCGAAUAGAGAAGAAUGACUUGAGAAGUGUAACUCUACUUGAGGCCAAGGCAAAGGUCAAAGACAUCGCCAUCUCUAGAGAGAGAGUCACACUUCGAGACGUCUUACAUGAAGGGACAUUUGGCCGCAUAUUUCAUGGAGUCUUGCUUGACGAGAAGGACCCAAGCAAAGAGAAACAAGUCUUUGUGAAGACAGUGAAAGAUCACGCCUCAGAGGUACAGGUGACCAUGAUGCUUACAGAAAGCUGUAAACUACGGGGUCUUCAUCACAGGAACCUGUUACCCAUCAGCCAUGUGUGUAUAGAAGAUGGUGAGAAGCCCAUGGUCAUGUUGCCUUAUAUGAACUGGGGAAAUCUUAAGCUUUUCCUGCGCCAGUGUAAGCUUGCUGAGGCCAACAACCCACAGGCCAUCUCUCAGCAAGACCUGGUCCACAUGGCAAUACAGAUUUCAUGUGGAAUGAGCUACCUGGCACGGAGAGAGGUCAUUCACAAAGACCUGGCUGCCAGAAACUGUGUAAUUGAUAACAGCAUGCAAGUGAAGAUCACAGAUAAUGCGCUGGCCCGUGAUCUCUUCCCCAUGGACUAUCACUGCCUCGGGGACAAUGAGAACCGACCUGUUCGCUGGAUGGCUUUGGAGAGUUUGCUCAACAAUGACUUUUCUAGCGCCAGUGAUGUGUGGGCGUUCGGGGUAACUCUGUGGGAGCUGAUGACCUUGGGACAGACUCCUUACGUUGACAUUGACCCCUUCGAGAUGGCCGCCUAUUUGAAGGAUGGCUACAGAAUAGCACAACCCAUCAACUGCCCUGACGAAUUAUUUGCAGUGAUGGCUUGUUGCUGGGCCUUGGAUCCAGAAGAGAGACCAAAAUUCCAACAGCUCGUCCAAUGCCUCACUGAGUUCCAUGCAGCUUUGGGGGCCUACGUCUAAACUCACUCAAACCAGCCAGAGAUGUUGAGCAGCACUAUUCCAGAGAAUAAACGUUAAUGCAGUGCCUUACUUUAUAAGAAAACUAGCCAUUUUGUAAAGUGUUUUUAUUUUAUGCGAUAUUAAAUAUGGCUUUGUUUGGAAGGUGUAGCUUCGGAGGUCAGUAUCUAUUUUUAUAUCACGGCUGUGUGAAAUGUCAAGGACUCUUUCUGAUUCUCAAGAUCGUCAUCCACAUUUGAUCGGAAUGCUGGUAUUAGGAUGUGCACAGGAAGCUGCUGUUCUCUUUGUUUCGCAAAGAAGCUUUUUUUCCCUUUUCUUAACAAUAGAGAUGCCAAGAAACUUCUAUUGCUCGGAGUAAUCUGUACAUAUAUUUUCAAAGUCUUCAGUGAGAGGAGCUUAAUCUCCACUGCAUUAUGCCCUGCAUUAUCUGUUUUUAAAAUAAUUUGGUGAGAGAAUUAGGUCUCCACUACAUUAAUUGUACAGAAUAAAAGCCUCAGCCCGGACACGGAAAUUGGUACGGAAACUAGACGUUUAAAAAUAAUAAUUUUUUCCUUUUGGGACUAAAGAUGGCGGAGCCCUACAGCUGUUGAGCUUUACCUCCUUAAAUUAUGAGAUGGUCGUGGAGGUGUAAAGCAGCAUGUUGGGAUCCUGCAAGUCAAACUGGACUUUGAUACAGGGUUUUUUAAAAUUCCUAAAGCUUUUGAUGUUUGACUGUUCUGUGUCAGAACAAUGCCUUCCUUGUAUGUUUAAAACUGUAUGAAUACAUGGACAAGAAAAGAAACAUGAGUCACUGUGAAUAUUUGAAGUGUAUGGCCUAGACACCAUUUUCAAAUCUUUUGUUCUGAAUCUAUAGGAUCUUCUCUUUAUCCUUGUGAUCACUGCAUGUUGACUUUUUUAAAGGGUUUUGUGUAAACUGAAUUCAUACCUAUCAAUUAAAUGAGGCCUCUAAAUAAAAUGAGAUCUCAGUG